ACAAUAAACUGUCAAUUUAUUUUCAGUAUUGACAAUUUUAUAUCAGUAAUGGUUAUUGGAAUUUAUUAUUCGGUCUAUUAAUGUUUUAAAAACAAAAUGUCCAAAAUAUCGAAGACUGCUAUAGAUUGGGCGAAAUUAGAAAAACUGGUGCCACCAGAAGAAAGGGUUAAGUUUUUAGCUUUCAAAGCUAAAUCGGACGGAUACUUUCGACGCAUGCAAGCAUCACCUCCUGAGCCUCCUAAAAUAGACUGGGACCAUUAUCAUAAAUUAGUUCCAGUACCAGGUCUGGUGGAUAAGUUCAAGACGGAAUACGCUUCAUUCAGGGCCCCAUAUCCUGAGGAUAAGUUCUCCGCUGAGGUGGACAAACAAUGGAAGAAGUUGCAACCACAAAUAACUAAGUACAAUGAUAAAAUGAAAGAACACAUUGCUGAGGCACAGAAAGAAAUUGCUGCAAUUAACGCUCUUCCUAAAUUUGAAGAUAUGACGAUGGAAACGGUGUACGACAUGUUUCCAGAGAUAGCACUGGAUCCCGUGAAUAACCCAACAUUUUGGCCCCACACCGACGAUGAACAACUGGGCUAUAAAGACCCAAUGCAGAAAAUAGAGAUCCCCAAGAAAUAAAUGCCUUCCCUCAGCUACCUCGCGCAGAAUACAAAACAACAACUAUUAACGUCUUCGUGCCACUUCGGUGGUAAAAAUACAUUAUUUUUUCAAUAGAAAA